GUGUUCACACCUGGGUUCCGGCUCUGGAGCAUAGGCACCCAGGUGAGGGUUCGUAUCGGCGGCUGCCGCCGCUAACAUCACGACUUUUGGUUUCGAAGACUGAUUAUAAAUCCAAAGGUCUCGCUCACUAACAUAAAUUCCGUCUAAAAAGAAUUAUAAUAUUGCCCUUCAACCUCAAUUAGUUACUUUCAGGGGAACCAGUUCGCGAAAGAGGAAGAGACGCAAUAAACAUCAUGUGGCCGAAGCUGAAUAAGGAACGCCUUAAGGCGGAGAUUACCCUGUCGUUGGGAAACCUGUGGGCAUUACUGCAGGAGUUUGAAAGUUCUAAUUAGUGGAAACCAGUGACAACUUGACAAGAAUGGAGUAGAAGGUCACACUGCUGGGCCCGGUCCUGUCUCCUGUACUCGCAGCUCCUCUCCCCCUCCGACCAACUCGCUUAGCGGCAGGAUGGUGGUGGUUGUGUCCGGCGCUUUGUUAGGCGCCGCGCUCCUCACCCUCUUGGCUCUCGUCGUUUUCCACUUGCUCAGCAGUUACAUCCGAACGUGGAACAAACUAAAAUGCAUCCCCGGGCUUAGCCCGACUUUGCCGUUACUGGGCAACGCUCUACUCUUUAAACCCGGUGGCGAAGACUUUUUUCUUCAACUGAUAGAAUUUACAACCCAAUUUAGAGAUCAACCAUUAAUGAAAAUUUGGUUGGGAACACUACCAUUCGUCGUGUUGUUUCAUGCAGAGACCGUGGAGGUAAUACUGAGCAGUUCCAAGCACCUUGAUAAAUCCUAUUCGUACAUAUUUCUUCACCCAUGGCUUGGUACUGGAUUGCUAACAAGUACAGGAAAUAAAUGGCGCGCUAGGAGAAAGUUGGUAACUCCAGCAUUUCAUUUCGCGAUUCUGACCGAGUUUGUUGAAGUUAUGAUCGAACAGACCAAUAUAUUGCUGGGAAAACUGGAGAAGAAAGUGGGAAAGGGACCUUUUAAUUGCUUCAAUGACAUUGCACUCUGUGCUUUGGACAUAAUCUGUGAAACUGCCAUGGACAAGAAAGUCUAUGCUCAGAGUAACAGUGACUCGGAAUACAUUAAUGCAGUCUACAAGAUGAGUGACUUGAUACACCGCAGGCAGAAAAUGCCAUGGUUUUGGCCUGACUUUGCUUACAACGCAUUCGGAGAAGGGAAGGAACAUGAAAGGGUCCUCAAAAUCCUACACACUUUCACAGAUAAGGUGAUUGCUGAGAGAUCUAAGAUCGAGAAUUCUGGAGAAUUUCAGCGUCACGGUUCCGAUUCAGACUCCGAAUUACAGAGCAAGAAGAAGUGUAAGGCCUUUCUUGAUGUGUUACUCAGUGCAACCUAUGAAAAUGGAGAAAAGCUGAGUCAGCAGGACAUUAAAGAGGAAGUGAACACAUUCAUAUUUGAGGGCCAUGAUACUACAGCUGCUGCAAUAAACUGGGCUCUUCAUCUCUUGGGGUCCCAUCCUGAUGUACUAAAGAAAGUUCAGGAAGAGUUGGGUGAUGUUUUUGGUAAUUCAGAUCACCCCCCUUCGAUGGAAGAUCUGAAGAAUCUCCAGUACCUACAGUGCGUUAUUAAGGAAUCUCUGCGUUUGUUCCCUUCUGUUCCAAUUUUUGGUCGUACUUUGCUUGAGGAUUGCUAUAUUGGAGGGUUUAACGUACCCAAAGGAGUCAAUGCAAUAAUCAUUCCUUAUGCACUACACAGAGAUCCGAAGUAUUUUCCUGACCCUGAGGAGUUUAGGCCUGAGCGAUUUCUGCCAGAGAAUUCAUGUAAAAUGAAUCCCUAUUCCUUUAUUCCAUUCUCAGGUGGACCUAGAAACUGCAUAGGUCAAAAAUUUGCAGUACUUGAGGAAAAAGUAAUUUUAUCAUCUAUUCUUCGACGAUUCCAUGUAGAAGCAAAGCAAAGUUGUGAAGACCUUCACCUUGUGGGGGAAUUAAUUUUGCGUCCACGAGAUGGUAUCUGGAUAGAACUUCAGCACAGAACAAAAUAAAUUUUGCCAUAAGGAGCACACAUAGCUAUCACGAUGCUGGUUUGACUGAUGCAGAGAAAUUUGUAUAAUUUUCUCCUUAUUACAGAACAUUAAUUUUAUAAAUACAGAGAUAUUCCUUAGUGACUAUAUUUUUGCCUUAAUCUUAUUUUUUUUCCCAAGUUUGUUGCAUUAAAGAGCAUUAUAAAUUUAGAAACUCUUUUUUUUACUGUACAUUGUUGCAAACUGCUUGGAUGCUUGUGAUGUGUAGUUUCUGCGUGAAUGCUUUCUACAAUCUUAGAAAAAAAUGAUAACACAUUAUAUUGCAAUGAGCAUUGGAUUAUUAAUCUCUGAUCAUAACUACAGGGCAAACAAAUUGCACGAGUGGAGUUGAAGGGUAUUUAUUUCUUAAUUGUAAAUGCUCCUUGCAAAAACCUUAAGGUUAUUUUAUCUGUCUGUAAAGGUGAUUUGUUUUUGUAAUAACCCUAUUGAUUGAGGCUAACAAUUGCUAUUCACUACUUAGUAAAAAUAUAAAUUGUAAAUAAUGCAGAUGGAAAAUUAUAAUAUUUUUCCACAUGAUAAAAUAUAAAAUUGAAGCCUCUUUUUCCAAUAAUAAAGUGCACUUUACAAUUAAACUCAAAAUAAAAGCAUUAUGAAUACCGAUCCAGAGACAAUGAAGUAAAUGAAGAAAGCUUUUGAUGUGGAUUUAUUGCAAUAAAAAUAAAUCAAAGAGAAAAUUUUAUUUCAAACCUUACUUUGAAUUUUACUUUGAAUGUUGAAAUUUGAACUUUGGCCAUUCACCAAAGGCUAGCAAUAGUGAAUUGGGAGCCUGUCUCACAUCUUCUGUUUUUACCCAUUGAUGUCAAAGGAAAUUUAGGCACAGUACAGCAUGGAUUUUCACUUUGCAAUAUCUAUCCUGUGUCUCAGUCUAAAUUUAUACCCCCAUGUAUUUUCAAGAUUUUGAAUUUAACUUGAAUGUUUAAGUAUGCUGUAACAGUGAGUUAGAUAACAAAUAGAAUGACUAAAGCAAACUGUUUAUUCUGAUAAACUGUUAAAUCAUAUUACAAAAUACAGAAGAUUAGGUACAGAUGAAGGAAGAAAGUAUUCAUAAAUGAAUAUAUGAGAGUGAGAGGGGAAUUGAUGUCUUUCAACUACUAUGGUUUUCUGUAUUAUGGCUAUCUGAAGAGAACAUAUCUCAGAGUUGUAUACUGCAUACAUACUCUGAUAAUAAAAUUAACCCUGAUUACAAUUAAUGUGAAGUUGCUAAGUUAAUUUAAUCAAUUUCUAGAUCAGUAAGUGAUGUAGUGAACAUUUGAGGAUUUAUUUGCUACAUUUCUUAAUUUGACUACAACAAAAAAGUGGAAUGCUAGAGUUUGCUGACAUUUAUUACAUUUUAGUUGGGAAAACAGAGAGAUAAUCAAAUUCAUUAUACUGACGGCAGUUGAAUUGUUUUGAGAAGAAUACAGUCCUGUUUAAUUCAACGGGGCGAAGCGUUAUUAGCAAACAUCGAUUCCUGAUAUACCAGGUGCAAAGUCCAUAAAACUUCGACUGAAGAGUGUUUGUUUAGAAUAACGUUUUUCUACUAUUACUACUGCUUGCAGAUUAAACUGGAUUUUGACAAAAGUGAAUUUUGUCUAUAUUAAUCUUUUGAAAUGAUACUGGGCAAGAAGCAUAUAAGUUUAAUUAUUGUUCUACGUACUGUGAACAUUCUAUUUGAAGAUAAAAUCUGAGGACCAGAUUAACUUUUCUGCAUUUAUAUUGUGCUUUAUUGUUUUACAGAUCAUGAAUAUUUUUACAGAAAAUAUGGAUAAGAAUAAACUGAAUCAUAAUCUUUAAAGCAAAUAUGUUUGAAUAUCAAAAUAAAAAAAACUGGAGAUGUCAAAAGACAGAAAGCUGAAAGUACUCUGUAGGUCAGGCAGCAUCUAUGGGGAGAAACAGGUAAUGCUACGCAUUAGUGACUCUUCAUCAUUACCGAGAGAAAAAGUAAGACUGAAUUACAGUCGGCCCUCCUUAUCCGCGAGUUUCGCAUGCACAAAUUCAAUCAACUGCGAGUUGAGAAAACCUGGAAACGCUCUUCUAGCACUUGUUCCAGCAUGUACAGACUUUUUUCUUGUCAUUAUUCCCUAAGCAAUGUAGUAUAACAAC